GCUUGCGUCGACUACGCCAAUAGAGAAAUCGCUCUCGGUAAUUCGGGAAAAUUUGAUAAGGAGGAUUUCACACUUGCCGUUCAACCGUUUUUCCGCGACAUUGUCACACCACCCAUGAAGGACGGAAAAAUCAAUAUGAAAUUCUUUGCCCCAGACUGCUUCCACUUUUCUCAGUGGGGUCAUGGUAUCGUUUCCACUUGGUUGUGGAAGAAUAUUCUUGAACCAGCUGAUAAGAAGACCACACAAGGAGAUCUCACCAAUCCGGCAAUACCACUUGCAUGUCCUGAUCCGAAAUGCCCUUUCAUCCGAACAAAUCUCAACAGCAAGGACUGCAGCAAGUACAUGACUCCGAGCAAAUAG